UCAAUCUGACAGCGUGUUUUUUUGCUUCAAUAUUCGUUACACAUUAUUCUCGCGAAUAAUCGUGUUACUGAUAACGCUACUAAUUUUAUUAUACACCACAAACCUCCGAAAUACCUGUGAGCCGCCGCCUGAGUACCUCAACGAGAAAAUGUCGGCGCCCGUGGUAAUUGCAGCCUCUGCCAAACACACCGCCACUCUUAUAUUCUUACAUGGUUUGGGUGAUACUGGUCAAGGAUGGGCCAGUGCAAUGGCAGCAAUCAGACCUUCUCAUGUGAAAGUAAUCUGUCCCACAGCGCCGACGAUGCCCGUGACGCUAAACGCCGGUUUUCGCAUGCCUAGCUGGUUCGAUUUGAAGACCUUGGAUGUAUCAGGGCCUGAAGAUGAAGAAGGCAUUUUAACUGCCACUAAGUCAAUCCACAACAUGAUUGCGGCCGAGGUACAAGCCGGAAUUGAAAGCAAAAACAUCUUACUCGGCGGUUUCUCACAAGGUGGCGCUCUUGCUUUAUACUCAGCGUUAACUUAUCCGGAAACUUUGGCUGGUGUAGCAGCGCUUUCCUGCUGGUUACCACUGCAUAAAUCAUUCCCAGCAGCUAUGAGAUGCAGUGACGCCUUAAAGGUGUUGCAAUGUCAUGGUGAUUGCGAUCCAGUCGUGCCAUACAAAUGGGGCCAGAUGACCGCCUCGGUGCUGAAAACGCUGCUGAAGUCCACCGACUUCCAAACCUACCGCGGCCUGAUGCACACCUCCUCCGAAGAGGAGCUGCACGAUAUCAAGAAGUUCAUCGAGUCGAACCUCAGCCAAUGAGGUCGCUCGCGAUCGUGUUGCACGCUCACACACCUACGUAACCUGUUUAUGUAAACGCGAUAACAAUGCAUGCAUGACGAUCUAGACAUCUAGCAAAUUUUAUCAACGGCACCGUAAAAGCAAACAAAUGAAUGAGAGAAAACAGAAAAAAAUUAGCCCGAAUUUUUUAGGUUAUAGUUAGUCUAGACUAAUUUGAUAUAUUUUAAGGUUACCAGGCUUUCAAAUCAGGUUAUGAAACACUAAAAAUUCACCAAAAUUUCGAACAAUAUCGCUUAACAUCUUCGACGCGUUUAACAAUACCGUAUUUAAUGAUGAUAAUGAUGCAUUAUUCCAAAGAACACGUAAUUUUGAUAUGUAGCUACAUUUCCUAGAAAACUGUAAUUAUGUCGUGAGCAUAUGAGUCCUCGUCCUAUCCAAACGAAAAAUAACUUAGUGUAGGAUAUUCACACAAGUUAAUGCAUUUUAUUUACUGAUUUACUUAAAACUCUUAAAGAAAAGUAAAGAAAACCCAACUUUCUUGCCACAUAUGUAUGAUAAAUAUGAAUAUUGUUGGUUUAGGAAUGAAAUACAUGUCAUCAAUGAUAUGAAAUCAA